GUUAGCUCCCACCCGUGACCUGCGGCCGCGCUGGGCGUUCCGGCCGUGUGGGGCGUUCGAGCCGCGGUCCUGGCGAUGCUGCCGGCGGCGGCCGCUGCCCUGCGCCGCUCGGGCCCCGCUGCGCCGCCCGUGCCAUGACCCGACCGCUCGGCGAGGGGCUGCCGUCUCCGGGCCCUCCCUUCGCCAUGUCCCGCCGCCAUGUUACGCCGGCGGCCGCGGGCAGAGAGGCGGCCCAGGACUGCAGAAACCAGUUGAUUACGGAGUUCUUCAAGCCAGUUUUAAGUCAAGACAGAACUGUGCUGUCCUCACCAGACAAAGGAAAUGUAAAAGAUGAAGGAAUGGGACUGUCAGUCUUAUGCGCUGAAGGUUUUGAAAGGAAUUCACCUUCUCCAAGGAAGGUCAGAAGAAAAAGAUGCCAGACCAAACACCAAAUGAGUCCUGUGGGAAAUGGAUGUCCUGUAAGAAAAAUAAUGCCUUUUGGCUCAAGGGAGAUUGCCCCAGAUGACCCAACUCAACUAAGGCUAACACAGGUUUUAGAACAUGAGGCAUCUUCUCCACAUGCAUUAAGAACAUCAUCUGAGAUGGCCUCUGGUGCACCAAAGAGCCCAGCUGCUCCUUCACACUUCCUUAAGGUGUCCUUUGGGCUAUCCAAACCGAGAGACUCUCCUGGGAAAAGAAAACAAUCUGCCAUGAGUGUGGAUGCAGAUAGUCCAGAGCAAUCUGAAGUGAACGACCCUGAUUUUAGUAGACCAUCAAAAUGCAAGAAUUUGAAGUGUGGCUUUGUAAAAAAUAUCUUUUUGAAGUCUCCUCAUGAUGAUGUUCUGCAACUCAAGGAGCCUGCUGCCCUGUCUAGACAUGAUUUGACUCUUUCAGAGGAAUUCCUCAACUCAAGCAAUGAAAAGGAGAAAAAUAAUUACUCCACUGUAGUUUUUUCACCUUCAUAUUCUGCACACAGUCCUGCUAAAAAUAACCACAUUUCUGUUGUGGAUACCAAAGAGAAUCAAUUGCAGCUGGCUAACUCAUGCUUUUCCUUGGAAAAGUCCCUUCCUUUUUCUCAGGAAAAAAGUACUGUAUUGCUUUCUCCCCAUUACUUAACACAAACAAAAGGUAUGAAAUCCCCUCUCCAGGUUGCUGGCUUAUCUCAGGUAUUGGAUGUUAGGAAAGAGCAAGAUAAAAGACCAGAAAGACAUGAACGGAAUAAAGGAUGCAGUAUUCAACCCAGCAACAGUUUUUCAAAUGCAGUCCCUGAGAUUUCUGAAAAUACUUCUGAUUCCUGUAGAAUGGAAAUCUCUGGCAGACUUGGACUGUCCCCAGAGACUGGCAAAGGUGUUCCCCCUUCAUGGCCUUUGGAAGAGCCUUUUGUGGACAGCAGCCAUGAGUCUUCGCAACCCUCAGGAGAGCUGGAAGUUAAAAGGAACUCUACACACAAGUCCAAGCUGAGCAGAAAAUGGCAAAGCAGCUCUGAGAGUGAAGAUGACAUUUUGGAAUCCAUUCUAGAUGAUGAUGAUGAAGAGGAAGCAUUAAUGCCACUGCAAAGAAUGCUUAGUUCAAACCACAGGCAGAGUCUCAAACCACAGGCAAAAACCCUGGAAGACUCCUUUGACAAUGCUUCUCAGGACACUGUAACUCCAUUACUGAAGCUUCAUCUUUCGAAGACUCCUGUUAUAAGCAAGGUGUCCUAUGUGAACAGCUUAGAUCAUCUCUUGAAGGAGAAAGAAGAAUCUAGAAGGUUAGAGGAAAUAGCGAAACAGUUACAGGAAGACAUAGAAAGAGAGGACAAUGCUUCAGAUGGAGAAAAAGAAGACAAUGCCAGUGGAGAUGAUCUCUUGGAAGAACACAGGGCGUUUAUAAAGAGAUUUUCAGUAGCAACUUAUGUUAUACCUGACAAACACCCUGGAGAAGAUUUAUUUGAUUUAUCAGCUGCUGGGAAAAUCUUCACUCAACAUAACCUUGACUUGAGGAAUUUUCACUUGGUCCCUCACAAUCGUAUAGAAUAUCUGCUUGUGAAUUCUAGUGUAACACAGCAACUUUUUUUAGUUGUUAAUGGCAUUCUAAGUUCUGCUUACCGUGAUACAUUGUGUCCCAUACCAAUUCUGAAGUGGCUGUUCCAGAUGAUGUCUAUUCAUUCUGACCAUUGUGUUUCCACCAAGAUCUUAGACAGAUUGAUGGAGUUAUCACUAAAAAACUCUUCCAUCAGUGAUGAGCAGCUUAAACCAUGGAUUCCUUCAAUAGCUGAUAUAUCAACUGUUUUUGUCAAUAUGGGUGUUGGGUUCAGAUCUCUCUUUCCAUUGCAACAUCUUCAACCCCCCUUCACCGAGCAUGAUAUUUUAAGUCAGGUGCAGGAAUCAGUGAGUCAACAACGGCCAAGAGGAGAUGAGGCCAUUGCCAGUCCAGCGCUCCCCAGUCUACUGGAAAACAAUUUAAUUAAUGUGAUUAAGUUUCUAGUUUUCUGUACAUCAGUAAUUCGUGAUGGAUAUACUGACCAAGAAAUAUGGCUGCUGCUUAUAUUGCUAUUUAAAAUAAGCUUGGAGAAACAGUUAAAACCUUUUAUGAUAGAUUUUCAGUGCCUUUUUUUCAAGCUUCUGAUGAAUAUAAAAGACUGGGAUACUAAGGGAGUAGGUGUGUGCUCCUUUGCAAAUACAGCGAACAGCCCUUCUUCAGUUUCAGGAUGUUUUGUUGUUCUUUUGAAGAUGUCUGAGCUGUGCCUGUCAGUGAGUGAGCUCUCCAGCAGCCCCCACAACCUCCUGUGGCUCGUUCAGCUCGUGCCCAGCUGCGUCGCGCGUGGACGGGAAGUAAAGAGGCGCCUUAGCCUAGUGAUAAUUGCAAAAUUUCUUCAUAGAAAGCAUGUAGAAAUACCUGAUGACAGUGACAAGCAGAUGUUUCUUCUGCAUCACUUUCUGGUGUGUAUGAAACCUUCUUAUCUACUGAAGAAGAUGAGAGAGAUGAGAAAAGAGCAGAACGAGCACAAAGAUGAUGAAGUUCAUGCAGAACUGGAACAUGAGGUAUACUACCUAAUCUAUGUCCUCCUUCAUCUAGUCAGUGAAGCCAGUUUCCUUGAUGUUGUAAAUUCUAGUCAAAGGCAACACUUACUGAAGCUUUGUCGUGCCUUAGAUAAGCACGUGAAAGGUGAUAUUAGGGAAGAUGCAAGAAUGUUUUAUCGGUCUAAGGUAAAAGGCUUGGCUGCUAGGAUAUAUGGGAAAUGGCAGGAUGUGAUACAAACCACUCGGCUUACUCAGGGAAAACUGCAUGACUUCUGGGAGCCAGAUUCAUGAAAUCUUCACUAGUUAAGGGAAAAUAGCAGAAACUGAAAUCAAGGAGGAUGUAGAAUGAAUGGAGCUUCACCUUGUUUGGAACAGAAGAAAUCAGUCACCUGAGUUAGAACUUGAACUUGAUUCAGACAAGUUCUAGACACAUGAGAAUCUGAUUUGACUAACAUUGUUUUUACUACAAGUGCUCUACUUCUGAGAAAUUGAAGUGGAUCAACUGAAAAAAACCCCAGCCAUUCCUACAGCCCUAUCAGAACUGGCUAGAAAUAUUUUACUGUAUUGAAUGCUGAGGGGAGUUUUCUUGUUUCCCUUGUUAAUCACAAGACCUGUUUGAUAACAGUAAGUAUUUAUUUUCUUGCCAGCACAUACCUGCAAGCAUUGUUUUAGGUUGGCUGGGCACGAACUACCCUGUGACAUGAAAUGUGAGUUCAGGAGGAGUGUUAGACCUCCCCUGUUGUGAGCAGGUGAGGAAGUGGUUCAGAUGUGGGCUGAAUCAUGGUAAUCUGCAAAGCAGAAUUGGUAUGAACAUCCAGUAUCUCUUAAAAAUACAAAACACAGCAGUUGAACCUUCUUUAAAUGGAGAAUAAAAUAUCAUCUCAGUGGAGAUUAGAGAACACCAUUUGGCUCACCUUUGUAAAGACUGUGAAAGCCAUAUGAUGGCUGAAUUCCUUGGUGUGAAGUCCUGCUGCACAGACAAUAUGUGCUCAAAGCUCCAGGAGCUGUUUAUGAAAUAAUCAGAGGAAGGUGUGAUCUCCUUUUGUGAUCUCUGUACAAAUGCUACACUUAAAUCAUACACUGUGGUUUGUCUGUAGAAUGGAUGUAAUAGGAAGAAAAAGUUCAGUUAUUGGGUAGAAGCACCAAUGGGGAUUCCCAUAAUAAGAGAGAUUUUUAAUAACAUCAACAUGUGUAUUUUAUAAUACUGUUUUGUUUUAAUUCUUGUAGAUUACCCUGUCUUGUAUGAAAUUCUCUAUGAUAAGAAUGUAAAAUAAGGCUUAAAAACCUGCCAACUACAAAACCUUCAAAUUUAAUUAUGUGUAGUACAUAUAAAAGAACUGCUAUAGAAUGGACACAUCUAAGAGGAAAUCUAUUAGAUUUGCAAAUUCAUACUAAAUGUUUUUUCUUUCAAGUGUUACAUUGUUAUGUCAAUGUCAUCUUCUGCUCUUUGAUAGCUCAUCUGCCUUCCCUCUCUAACAGUUGCUUACUUUGUUGGAUAUAUUGUAUGUAAUUUUAUUAAUGUUUUUAUUUUUUUCACUAAUAUUGUAUAAAGGUAAAAAAUGUGGAAUGUUUACUGUAUUUAAUGUGUACAUAUUUUCUUACUGUGUAAAGUUGACAUUGCUGGCCUGUAUAUUUUGAAGAAAAGGGGAGGAGUUUAGAUGAACAGCUUUUGUACUGCAGUUCAAAGCAUGUUGAAACUGCUGAGGGUUUUUCCACACAAAAUAGCCAUUUUGAUACUUUCUUUCAUUUAACAGAACAAUGAAAAAAUAAAACCAGACACUCCUUUCUAGUUAAAUACCCCUGGACAAAAUGGGCUCUGUUUCACAAAAAACAAAUGACCACAGGUCCUAUUUUAUUCUUAUGGCACAUGUUACAAUUCUUGGGUUCACAGGUGAUUAGCUCACUAUAGAUGGAGACAGUCCUGAAAUCAUUCUCAGCUCAGCCAGGCCUGUGUUUUCAUGCUUAAUGCCUGUUCCAGCACUUUGCCUCUUCCCCCACUCCUGCUUGGUCUGGACUUCUCUUCCAUCUGGUUUGUAGCUGAGGAGUAAUUCCUCAAGAGGUGAAGUCUAGGUGUGGGUUAAAUUGGUGCUCAUCAGAAUCCUUACAGAGAUGAUUCCCAAGCAUCACUACAGGGUCUUUACAAGAGGGUCCUGGCAGUGAAAUAGCAAACCUGCUGCCCUUGUCUUUUGCCAACUCAUUUGCUGUCCCUCAGCCAGGACUUACGUGCACUGGAAAAGGCUGUUCCCUUUUCCUGCAAAAGGUUGUUGCACACUAAAGGUCUUAACUGCUUUGGAUGUCUUCAGAGAAGCAUUUUUGCACUUGAGGUCUAUCUUUUGAUACUGUGUUGGCUAUAUUAAGAGCCACAUUAUCACAUUUCAUGUGGAAGUAGGUGCACUUUAUUGCAGUAAUAACAGAAAAAAAUUAAAGUCUGG